AUGACCACAUCAACCACCAGCCUACCCGACCCAACGGCAUCGACGUCAGUUUCAACCUCAUCGUCAAUGACAAAACCACCAUCAACAAUCCCAACCCGCCUCCUCCUCCUCUCCGACACGCACAUCCGCUCCCGUUCCAAAACCCCCCUUCCCUUCCCGGUCCCUUCCAUCCCUGGCGGCGCAGACAUAGUAAUCCACGCAGGCGACAUAACCAACUCCUCGGCCCUUUCCGAAUUCAGUCUCUGCCUCUCCUACCUGCGCCAACUCCCCGCCCAACUGAAACUAAUAAUAGCCGGCAACCACGAUUUUACUUUGGACUUGUCUGUUUACAGCCAAUACGUCGCCACCCGAUCAAACUCUGCGCUGGGGAAUUUGACCAGGAGAAAGGGAUUGGGAGAAGUAGGUGAAGCGAAACGAUUGCUUGAGGAAGCUAGAAAAGACGGCAUCUUUUAUCUUGAGGAGGGAACCCACACCUUUGACCUCGCCAACGGGGCACGAUUAGUGGUAUAUGCAAGUCCGGCUACACCAGCGUUUGGAAGUCAGGGGUUUCAGUACACUGCUGAGGAAGGACACGUUUUUGAGAUUCCGGAGGAGGCGGAUCUGGUGGUUAGUCAUGGACCACCGAGGGGGGUGUUGGAUGUUAGUCGGUUGACGAGACAGUCGUGCGGGAGUGUCGAGUUGUGGGAGCGGGUUAGGGAGGUGACGCCGAAAUUGCAUGUUUUUGGACAUAUUCAUGAGGCGUGGGGGGCUGCUGUUGUUAGGUGGCCCCUGUCAGACGAAGGGCAAGGUCUUAAUGGGAAGGACGGGAAGGAAAAGAAGGGGAAGGAAGAAGCGGAGAUGACCGUGUUGGUGGAUCGGAGGGAUGUGGAAGAGGGGUGGAAGGAUUCGAAAGAGGAGAGGAAGCGGAAGCAGGAUAAGGUGGAAAAGAUUGUUCGGGAUGGGUAUUAUCCUUUGGAGUACCCGGAAAAGGAGGGGGGUGCUGAGCAGACACUGUUUGUGAAUGCGGCGGUUCCGUAUGCUCCGGGGUUGGUGCCUUGGUUAGUGGAAGUUGAGCUUCCGAGGAGUGAUGGAGAUACGAAUAGGGGGAGUACAAUGGCGGAAGAAGGGAAUGGGGACUCGAAUGGACGGUCUCGAGAGUAUUCGGCCACAAACUUGCAACAGCUGGAUGUCAGUUACGGUCAGUGA